AUGGCCGUCGCGAAGGCACUUCUCCUCCAGUCGCAAAGCGUCGUCGUCGUCGCCACCGCGCUGCUCCCGGCCUCGCGCCCGCGCCGCGGUUCCCGGCUCUUCCGGCUGCGCACGCGGGCCCAGCAGGCUAACCUCCGGCAGCUGGUCAGCAUCGACGACCUGCGGCAGGUCGCCCGGGACGACGACCACGCCGUGAACGGCCGCGCGCCAGCUGGUACGCCGCCGACGCCGCCGGAGUGCGCCCGCGCCGGCACCGGCACCGCGGCGCAGAGGCUCCGCGCGAUCGCCGAAGCGGCGGCGGACCGCGCCGACAUGCACGACAUCAUCGGCAGGCAGCGGGACAACUGGAACCACCUGCUGCUCCACUCCACCAACUCGCUGACGCUGGCGGCCUCCGUCAUGGCCGCGCUGGCGCCCGCCGCGCCGGCCAUGGCCGCGCUCAAGGCCUCCGCGGGGGCGCUCCUGGCCACGGCCGCGGUCACCAUGGCCGCCGUCAACAGGAUCCAGCCGUCGCAGCUCGCCGAGGAGCAGCGCAACGCCACGCGCCUCUGGAGACAGCUCGAGCGCGACGUCCGCGCCGCGCUCGACUACCACCGGACGGCUACGGCUACGGCGACCGCCGAGGCCGACGUCCAGGAGGCCAUGGACAGGGUGCUCGCCCUCGACGCGGCGUACCCGCUGCCUCUAUUCCCCGGCAUGCUCGACAAGUUCCCCAGCACCGUCGAGCCCGCCCGGUGGUGGCCCAGACGAAAGUCGCCGGCUCAGUCUGCCAAGACCAUCAACGUCGGCGCCCGGCGAGGCGCCACGUCGGGGAACGGCUGGACGCGGGAUCUGGAGGACGAGAUGCGCGGCGUCGCGCGGGUGCUCAGGGCCAAGGACGAGCGGGAGCACGUGUGGAACGCCAAGCUGGCGCUGCGGCUCAAUCGCGGCCUCGCCGUCGCCGGCCCGGCGCUCGCGGGCACGGCCGCGCUGGCCACGGCCUUCAUCGUCUCCUCCUCCGGAGAGGCCGCCGCCGGCUCCUGGGCCUCCGACGCCGCCGCCCUCUGCGGCGCGCUGGCGGCGGCGGCCAACACGGUGGAGCACGGCUGGCAGCUGGGCAUGCUGUUCGACAUGUUCCGCAACGUUGCCGGGUUCUACCGCAAGAUCCAGGAGGACAUCGAGGCGUGCCUCGACGAGGCUGACGUCGAGCUCAGGGAGAACGGCGAGGUGUUCCAGACCAAGGUGGCGCUGCUGCUCGGCCGGAGCACGUCUGACCUUAGGCAGUUCAGGGAGAUGGCAUCGCCGUCGUUCAAGGACGACGACAUCAACGACUUCGCCGGGAAACUGUUUUAA